GAUAAUUUCUAUGAUCGAAAUUUUCACUGAACGCUUUCCUCUGCAAUGAUGGGAAACUCUUUAUGGAUGAAAAUUGUUCCUUUGAUCUGUAUUUUUGUAUUGGGAAAUUCAGGCAUAACUGGACACCAUAUGUGGGUGAAGUUUCAGAACAAGCAAUACAUGUUCGUCGAAGAGCCAAUGACAUGGAUGGACGCUCAGAGUGUAUGUAGAUCGAUUGGCGGAUUCCUAGCAACAGUUUCUAAGGAAAAAGAAAUGAGGUUUAUCAAGUCCAUGACAAGAGUUUCUGCUAACAACGUAUGGAUUGGUGCCACGGACAUGUUUGCAGAAGGACACUGGGUCUGGAUUGAAGAUUUAGAACAGAUGUCUUAUACAUACUGGUACCCCGGACAACCAAAUGAAGGAAAGGGGGGAAAUUGUUUAGUCUGGUACAAUUACCACGGAUUCAACUGGCACGAUUCUGGAUGCCAUAACAAAUUCAUGUUCAUUUGUCAACGUUCUGUACGCAGUAAAGAAGAAAAAACUGAAGGAUGAAUGCUGACUUAUGAGUUUCAUCAAAAUAAAAUAUAUGAAACAAUAAAACGUCCCAUACUGGC